AAAGAUUAAAGAAUCGCUUCGCCUUGAACAAGUUACGGGUAAGAAAACGAAAAGCAGGCCAGGCUGACGACGUUGGAUGGGAGUGAUGAAGAUCACAACACCAAUACCAAUACCACCACCAACAAUGCCAACAACAUCAUCAACAACAUUAACAAGUCCUUUACCAAUGGAAUCCUCGAUUUUCUUCUUCACUUCUACCUCUCAACUACGCUUCCUUUUUCGCACCCCACCGCCACCACCGCUCCCAUCAUCCUUCCCAAUACUGCUAUUUAAACCAUCACAAUUCUUUCUUUUUCCCUUUCUUCUUCGCUUCCCAUAUCGUUAUUUCCCAAGAUCACACCGAUUUCAGGGACAUGUUUGGAGGUAAUAAUGGCAAUUCUCAGCUGCCGAUUUCCCUUGGAGAAAACCGUUUCCCGGGUGAAGUUAAUCCUUUGCCUCAGCUGCAGUUGUUCAGAGACCCUGUUGGAUGCAUUGAAGGUCCCAUAAAUGACAUGGGAAAUGAGCACACAUCUAUCAUUGAGAGGCCUCCUAAAGGAAGGAGGGAGGAAGAAUCCUUUUCCAGACAACAAAAGCAUCAAAUAUCUUCAAAUAAUAAUUUUCAUCAAUAUGAAGAUGGUCAACUUGGAAAGUUUUUGGAUCCUAAUCUUGUUUCAAUUGGACUGAACGUUUCCUGUGAGGAAGAAGAAUGCAACCCUUCUGUCAAAUUUGCAAGUGAUCAGAAGACAGCUGCGCUCCCCAUUAUGUUGUCUCUAGGUGACAGUGUCAAGGCUGAGAUUGAUCGGCAGAAAGAAGAAUUUGAUCACCAUAUCAGACUUCAGCAGGAAGAGAAUAUGAUAAAGGAAAUGAGGGAAGUGGGACAUAGACACACAAUUUCUUUAUUAAGUGCUAUAGAAACAGGAAUUGGCAGGAAACUACUCGAAAAAGAACUUCAAAUACAGAACAUGAAUCGCAAGAACAAUGAACUAGCAGAAAGAGUAAAGCAAAUUAGUACAGAAGUUCAUUCCUGGCAGUGCAGAGCAAAGUAUAACGAGUCUCUAGUUAAUGCUUUGAAAAGCAAUCUGAAGCAGGUAAUGGCACAGUGCAUUAGUCAUUGCAAGGAAGGGUGUGGGGAUAGUGAGGUAGAUAAUGCAGCCUUUAAUGCUAAUCAGAACCAUAAGAGCAUCAUGGGAGGAAACUCAAUCUCCUUCGAAAGGCAGAUUACUUGUAGAGCUUGCAAAUCAAAGGAAGCCUCUAUUUUAUUAUUGCCAUGUAGACAUUUGUGUUUGUGUAAAGAUUGUGCAGGGUUCGUAGAUACUUGCCUAAUUUGCCAGACAAGGAAAACUGCAGGUGUUGAAGUAUUUAUGUCUUAAACUAUGUUACGUUGUUAAGGCAUAUACCUAAGCACUUGUAAUCUUCAUGGCAUAUAGGGAAACGCAUUUGUUUAAAUUAUGUUGUCUCGAUGGUUCUGGGUUUUGUGCUUGAACAUAUUAGCGAGUUUGAUGCCAUGCCUUUUUACCAGAAAGGCUGGUCAGAACUUGAAGGAGUCAUCUUAUUCUAUUAAUCUAUCUAUUCUAACUA